GGGCUUCGGAAGGCGCGCGUCUUGGCCGCAGUCAUGGAGGAAACCGGCGCGGGCUUCCGGAAAGAACUAGUGAGCAAGCUGCUGCACCUGCACUUUAAAGAGGACAAGACCAAAGUCAGUGGGGACGCACUGCAGCUCACGGCGGAGCUCCUGAAGAUCUUUGUCAUAGAAGCAGCCAUCCGCAGCGUGCGGCAGGCCCAGGCGGAGGAGCUGGGCUGCGUGGACUUGGACCAGCUGGAGAAGGUGCUGCCUCAGCUGCUUCUGGACUUCUAGGGGUGUCCACCCUCACUGGCAGCCUGUCCGAGUCACUAGCAAGUCCCACGUCCACGUGUUCUCCACGGCUUCUGGCUUCAGACGAGGCGGGAGCUGCUGAUCCUCCAGGUUCUCCAGCUCCGAGGACUGGCCAGGUCCCAGCACGCGCACCGCCCUUCCUCAUUGUCCUCUCUCCCUGCUGCUGACAGCCUGGACACAGCAGAUGGGGGGGGGGGUCACUGACAGGAUGGGGGCCUGAGUGGGGAACCUGGGCAGGUGCCCUCCCCUUGCGCCUCCUGGGGCAGCUGAGAAGCACUUGGUCUUUGGGGAGCAGGUGCCAGGAAGAGCGGGACCGUUGCCCAAGCAGUUAGUCCAUAUGUACCCCGCAGACAAACGGAAGUGCGUGGUUCUGCACUGACAUCAAAGUUCGUAAGUCACCUUCAAGCCAUUUGAUGUUCCUCCCAGAAGAUGCUGCCCUGAACUGUAAGUUUGUCCCCACAAAGCAACGUCAAUAAAUCAAAGCCACCUCCCCA